CAUGCUCCCACAACCAAUUGAAAAAGUUAACUUCGACACACUCAAUAACCUCCGUGAAGAAGCCAAAAAAAAAUUAUGUUGCUUGCCUUACUCUUGAACAGGCUGGAGUCAAAGAGAUUCCUAAACUUCCCUGCGGAUGGGCUCACACAUACACAAACAAAGCUAUCCCUCUUGAUUAUGAAACUGAGAAGAAAUUGCGUGGAGGUGAAAACAAACAGGACUGAGAGUCGAUAAUUCCUUGCCAUUCGAUAGCUAAAAGAAUCAGUAGAAAAUUGUAUAACCCCAGAGCAAUGAGCUUUAAGUAUAACUAUCAGGAGCUUCUUGAAAGACAUGAGAGAAAUAAAGAGAUCCAAAAUUUCAAAUUGAUGAAAACUGUCUCAUGUCACCAAACUAUAAAUGUUUGCAAGUUUGACUCAACAGGAAAAUAUUUUGUAACAGGUGGAGAUGAUACUAAGAUUAAGGUCUGGACAACUAUUAAUAGCCUUUGCCAAAAAACCUUAGAUUUCCACCAAGGCAUGAUCUGCGAUAUUGUGAUAAGCAAAUGCAACAAAUUCAUCAUCUCAGGUGAUAGUAAGGGUCAAAUUUUUAUCACAGACCUCCUAGAGCUGACUGUCAUAAAGUUUAUUGAUAUCCAUAAAGAAGGGAUUGAUCAACUUACUACUGUUAUUGACACCACAACCUCUAAAAAUAGGGAACUUCUAGUGUGUGCUGGAGGUAAAGAGGGAAUCGUCACCAUAUUUGACCUCACUUUUCUGACUGAUAAUCGAGAUAAACCCUUUGAUACUAAAGAUCCAAAGUUCUUCCUCUGGAAACUCGAUUGAUGUUCAGGUGUUGAUGAAGAUAAAAUGAGACGGAACAAGAAAAUAGCCUCUGUAGUAAUGGUACCAGAACAAAACUUGGUCAUUGGAGGGAGCUACGGAGGUGAGAUCAUUCUAUUCAAGCUUAAGCAGGAAGACUGAACCUUUAUUAGAGUUGCCUACAAAUGCCUAAAAGAUUGAGUUCACCUAUUAAAACUUACUAAUGAUAAGACCGCAAUCAUUGCUGCUUCUGCAAAAGCUGGUGCUGUUCUUUGGAGACUUCCUGCUUCUAACCAGGAAUUUGAUGAGCUUUGUAAAGUUGAAGACACAAAAGAACAAGGGCAAAUAUCAUCCAGAAUGUAUAAGAACACAAUCUAUUCCUUCUAUGAAUACCAAGGCAAUAUUUACAAAUCUACUGAUAGCUUAGCCAUGAGCUGGGAUGGCAGGUAUAUUAUGAUAUCCAACUGUUACCUUGAAAAAUCAGAAGAAAAAGACAAAAUGAUCAGGAGAUAUGUCUUCACCACCUAUGAUACUUUUAGAGACUGAAUCCAAUGGGAAUGUCUUAUCGAUAAACUCUAUGAAAACGUAUACACAAUGGUGGCACAUCCUCACAAAAAAGAAAUAUUCGUCACAGGAAGUCUUUGAGGAGAAACCAAAUUUUGGGAUGUAGAACGCCAGCAAUGCACCUUGACUUUCAACGAACCUCCAGCGAGUCCCCAAGAAAUAUUUGUAAAUCCAGUAACUUUUGACGCAAGCUUUUCUCCUGAUGGAAAUACACUACUCGUAUGAUCAGGAAGAGGACAUUUCAGCCUUUACUCAAUGAAAAGUGUAGUCCCAUACUUUUCGACACCUAUAAACCAAUUCUAUGGUAAAAAGGAAACUGAUGAAAGUAACAUGAGUUUCGAACAGAGAGCCAGAAACGUAGUGAUGACUGAUUUUGAAGGCAACCAUCAUCAAGUUCAACCUCCCCCUUCAGUUCUUGGAGAGUUCAGAAACCUUAAACUGACUACUUUUGAAUAUUCAGAAAAUUUAGCUCAAAGAAGAUUUCACUAUGAAAAAGAGCAAAAGUGGCAUCAGAGCUGCUGAGUUGAUCAAAGAAAUCUCGUUGUUCAAGGAAUAAUUCCAAUUCCUCCAAAUGUAGAUUCAGAAGCUCCUCCAGCUGCUGAGAAUAUAGAGCAAGAAGAACAGAAACAGGAAGAAAAUGUUGAUGAAAUUCUUGAACCAUCGAUCACAGAUGAAAACGACGAAGAUUUCACUGUAGACCUAAACGAGCAUCAUGAAACUGAUGAUGAUAGCAAUGCUCAUUGAGAAGAAGAGCCUAUAGUUCCAGAGCAAAUUUAUGUUCAAGCACCUAUUGCUCAAGAAGAGACUAUGCCCUCUCUCCCAUCUCAGGAGGAUGAGUAUGAUUUUUCCAAGCAAGAUUUUGAAAAGCCAAACUCCAAACACCAAAGACAUGAGAGAGAAAUGCUCAAGAUGAGGCAUCGCUGGAACUACCAUUGAGUGUAAAGGCUUAGAAAGCGAGGAUUCUAAAUGCUCCAAGAACGUCAAAUGUGAUAGCAAACACUGCUCAUCAUUUACAAUGGCUCUUGACAUGCAACGGCAACUUUCUUGACACUCAUGCAUAAUCAAAAAGGUGGCAAAAUAUCAAGAUGAAAUUAU